GAAAUCUAGAAUUCCAAUCAUUAUUUGUUUAAAUCAGAAUGGCACGUACAUCUUGGAGGUUUUAAUGUGUGAGAAUGUGAAGGGGUUAACUGUCUAAUGGAGUCUACUUCCUAGUGUUACCGCGGAUACAGCUGUUCAGGGGCUAUUUACCAGGGUUCGUGGUUUCACAGUUUCUCUCUGACGUUCACAACAAGAUGUAUGUGUGUGUAAGUUAUCUUCUUAAUAAUAUUACGUAAUGGCACAUCACUCAGAGGUGAAAUGACAAAUAUUUUUCAAAACUCGAGUUCUGUGAUAUAUUAUAGUGAAUCCCAUUUCCACAAUCUUCGAAAAUUUCAAAGGGAAAAAUAAACAAAACGACUUUGUUUCAGUGUCUGACCGAGUGAACUAUCACCGCAGUGAAUCCGGAGCAUUUCCCCGAAUGCACAUCCCCACUCUCCGGUCGUCAGAGUAGCACACAGCGUCCCCACUCCACUAGGUCCUCUACGGAUUAGUGCGCUUCCACCUCAGAGGGUCAAGACGGCCGCCGAAGAAAGAGAGGUGAAUGUAACAAGGGAAAUUGAAAAAUCUAGACUUUUCUGGCUUUGAAAACGUUGAAAGAUUGCUAUUGAUACGGAUUCUUGAGGGCUGGAUUCCCGAUCGCCGGGACAAUGAAAGCAGUUGAAUCACUGUCAAAAAAUUAAAGAAUUAUUCUCGGAGAAUCCUCUGCACCAGGCGGGCAAAAUGGACUGACCCACCCCUUCAUUCACCGCAGCAUAUGAAGAAGAAUGCAAGGAGUCAUUUCAAUAUUCGCAUCGGAGGGAGGAGUUGGAAGAACGAGUUGGUGAGUCGGUGAAUGGGAUUUGAAUGGAGAAGCGGCAUCUUUUGAUUGACCGCGGAACUUCCCGACUCAGCGCGGACUACAAGACACUGUCACGACGACCGUACGCGGAGUGAAGGAUACCUUGAAUAAAUAAUGGCCCUGAGGAAGGCUCCCUUGCGGCUCCGAAACAUUGGCAAAAUCCAGUGGAGUGGGAACAGAACAAAAAAUAUAAAAAAUGACUUGUACUCGAGAAUCAGACGAUGUCAACGGAGAGUCAUGUGCCACAAUGGACUUAGGAAAUCGUCGACUCCUGGACGAUUGCUAUUCGAGUCACACCGCCGGGACGCUCCUGCCACCAGAAACAUUCCUUCGGAUAAUCGACAUGGCUCAGUCAGUGCCAGCAUUUCACCUCAGUCAUGCACACGCAGUUCUUCGGUACGGAUUUCCAAUACGACUGGCUGUGUGAUUCCUGCAUUCUAAUAUUUAGAAACAAUUUCUCGCAGUGGUACAUUUCCCACUGACAUUGGACGCUCCUGACAGGGAUAUCGUCGCGCGACGGUGGAUGUUGCGCGCGGUCCAAUCAUCGCAGAAUCCGGCUCUCAACCCCGGGCAGACUCAUCGGGGAGACGCCCCGUACCACCGUGUGACUAGCGUCGGGACGCCUUCCCUUUCACGGGGUUGUGAAGGAUAGUCGAGACACCGCGCUGAAGGGGCGUUGGCCCGUGUCCUCGUGGAUACCUCAGGACCGAGGUGACUCUUGUGGCAUCAUUUUGAGUUCACCAUCACGGGUGUAAGAAUCACUCUAUCAUAACAACAAAAAUCCACCGAGUAUUUAUCGUAUUGUUAAUAAAUCUACAUUUAUUCAUAAUAUUGUGAAAACCCUGACCACUACAAAUAUAACAAACAUAAACACAGUGACAUGAAUUAAAAAAAAAUAUUUGAACAGAAAAUCACAAUUUUUCCAACUGUUUAUGUAAAUUGUUGCUCUAGUGGAAGUAAUUUCCAGUGAAAUAUUGAGUGUAUUCGUUGAUUAAAUUUAUUAUUCAGUUGUGAAGUGCUCAGAUUCGUUGAAUUUUUCAAGUCAAAAUAGAAAGUCAAAUGUUGAUGGUGUCACGAACAUUACGGAAACAUCAUUUUGUAUCGAGUACUCCCCAGAGGGGUUGCAUUUGUUUUGGUCGAUAGGGAGAGGAUAAAGCAUUCUGUGGCCCUCUACAAUUCACUGUGACACAAUCAAUGAUUAAUCGAUAUUACAAUUUUAUUUUAACAAUAAAGAAUUGACAAAUAAUUAAGUAAAUAAAUGAAUAAGCUCAUCAACAACUGCCGGAAGUGUCCAUAAAUGGGACUCCGAGAGCUAUAAUUCCAGAAAUUGAAGUCACAUCAGGUACGAUAUGUCAGGAUUCGUGACUUCCUCGAAUUGUACAGAGAAUCCUUAUGCUGUGUCACGUACCGUCAUCGAUGAACAUUUGGAGGACGUCACGUUUUUAACGCGUGCUGCAACAUAAAAUCCGUCGACUUGUUAAAUAGUUUAUGCAGUCAUAGUUAUGUGAAUUUAUUGUUCUUAUUUAGGAUUCAAUAUAGUUUUUAUUUUUCCCUGGUGAAAAUUGCAUAUGAUAGGCAC